UUUGUAAUCAAGAAAUACGAUCGAUCGUUUUAUUCCAACGACAAGCGACGCGUUUGACGUUUGGAGAUUUAGAGACGUCUAUCAGCUGAUACGACAACCGGUAGCCGGACAGUAGUAAAUGACAGUCUGGAGGACGGCGGUCACGCUUGGCUAACCAAGACAAUCGGGAUCAACGGUCAGUCGCAUGUCUACGUGUAUCCUUGUUACAUUGCGCGAGAGUGCAUCCACAACUUUCUUCAUCAUCCGCGUCAUUUCUCUUCGCGAGCUCCGUCAACAACGAUCGUUCUCCAACAGUGCAUUGAUGCUCUUCAUCGGGAGAUAACGUGAUUAUUGCAAUUGUGAUUAGUUCUUCUAAUCAACAUUGAUAUUUUACUUCUGUGCAUGAGAUUGCAACUUUCUACUUUGCAUCAUUCGAUUCCAUUUUUCAUUAAAAUCUCGAUCAGAAAUGACGAUUAAUUAAAACCCAAUAAGGGAGAUGAAGACAGUUUGGAAAAUUUGCCUGUGUAGGGAUAAAAAUCUAUAAAUAUUACAAAUAUCUUAAUCUAGAGAACCUGUUUGAUCCAAUUUAACUUUCCUUCCCAUAAAAUCACAUUUUUCCUUUUUAGAAGAUAGUUAUUUAAAAAAGAAGCAACGAACAACAAGAAAGUUUAACGCAAGGAUUUUCUGUCGAAAUCGGGAUCGUCAGGUAUCCUCGCCACUCCAUUUAUUUUGUUAACUUGAUAAGAAUCGUUGAAACGCGUACAAAAAAAGCACCAUCGGGCACGUAAUAAAGAUAGGCUCCGACUAAGUUUCUCCGCAAUUUAUCUAGAAUGCACGACGGAAUGCGUUAUGCACAAGUUUUCGCGAUUCGCACAGUUCGUCUUCAUCCUGUUUUUUUCUGUACAAUGGCUGCGAUCUGCAUAUUAUUGCUGUUUUCGGGUUUCCCUGCCGUUAACAAUAGAUACUCCGCAUUUCGGAAGAGGCAGGGAACCAUAGGAGAAACAGAGGGAGAUGGAAGAUACGCUUCAAGGCAAUCUAGUACUACGAAAAUGACGUCCUUUGAUAAACAUCUCCUAGAAAGAGGCUUCACUGCCGAGCAGACAGGCAAAAUGUCACUUCUCGGAAAAUGGUUGUUGGCGCCGGAAGGAACUCCACCACCGGGAUCCAACACCGAGAAUAGAAGCUACUUGAUUCUGAUCUGGAAACAUGGGCCAUACCUGGAACGUAGACACAUCAGGCGUUUCACCAUGAACAAAUUUUCACCAUGGGAUCGAUGUUCUGCGAGAAAUUGUACGCUGACCUACGACGAGAAGGAUUUGCACCGAGCGGACGCCGUGGUGUUUCAUUUGCACUUGACGAAGAGUCCUUCGGAGCUGCCGGUGAGAAGCCGAGCGGAUCAACGGUGGAUCUUUCUGACGGACGAGUCUCCCUUUCAGACGUUUAUGUACGGUAGACAGAAAUUAUCGGACUACGAUGGUCUGUUCAAUUGGUCCAUGUCCUAUCGAAUGGACAGCGAUGUUCCAGUUCCCUAUGGACGAACCGUACGAAUCCCUGACGAUAUUUCCAACGACGAUGUCGGACACUGGGACACCGUCAUGAGGACCAUCAAGACCAAAUUGGUCGCCGUAAUGGGCAGCAACUGCGGUGACCAUAAUGGACGAUGGUCCUAUGUGAAGACGCUGAAAUCUUUGCUUGGUAACGACCUAGACAUUUUCGGAAGAUGCCUGGAAGGCAACAGGACCGUCUGUCCAGGUCACUUUGAUCGAGACUGCGUUGUCUUGAACGCGUACAAGUUCUAUCUGUCAUUCGAAAACUCCAAUUGUCGGGAGUAUCUGACGGAGAAGGUAUUCUGGAACGCGUACAGCAAACUCGCGGUCCCGAUAAUAAUGGGAGCGUCGCGAUACGAUUGUCAGCGAUUGUUGCCGCCGCACUCCUUUCUUCACGUGGACGAUUUCGCCAGUGCGGAUGCGCUCGCCGAUUAUCUCAGGUAUCUGGACCGCGACAAUAAGCGGUACAUCAGCUAUCACGAGUGGCGCGAUCGUUACCGGCUGAUUAACGAGCACGGCUACUUCGGCAGCGCAUCCAAGCACUAUUGUCGCGUCUGCGAGGCGCUGCACUAUAACUCCAUCGCGCCAAAGGUCUACGCGAGACUCGAGGAUUUCUGGAGCAAGAAAGAUUGUACUUUAGUGAGCGUUUAGAUAUUUCACCUAACGCCAUUAAUUAUGUUUAUCUAGUCUUCGUGAAAUAUGAAUUAAUUAAACAGAUUAAUAAAUCUUCCAUCAGAAGCUUUUGAAAAGAAUUUGUGCAAUAAUAGAGGCAUUAGUUUGUCAGAUUGAAUUUUUUAUAUGCAUUUAUUAGCGACUUAUAGAGCAAAAAUAAA